CCACGAUUCAAUGUAGCCAACUUAAUAUGUUGCCACGACUGCUUGCUCUGGCGCAUUGGCGCUCGCUCACCACUGGCCAGUUGCAGUUACGCGUCGAGCUGAGCAAGACAUCAGCAUUAAGCCAGAGCUGUUUUUAGUUUAGCAAAAAGCAACUGUCGAACGCUUGAAUGGCUAUAACGGUUUAGCAGCAGAGAGUGCUGGGAGUGUUAGUGUUUAUGGGUCCGUGUGUGUGUGUCGAAGUGCUUUUUGCUGCGCUCGAGCCAACGCUGUGUAGUAGCAAGAAGUGUGAAGAAAAAGCAGAAAAAGUAAAGACAGCUAUAGCAGCAGCGCAAGGAGGCGAGAAAGCGAAGAAAGUUGUAUGGAAAAGCUGAAAAUUUCCAAUUGCGAUUUUUUUUAUUAUUACGCUAAACACUGUGCUUAGCCUUUGUAGUAAAAGCAAUUACGCGUGUGAAAAGCAAACGUAACGUAAACGAAAUUAAGUGCGAGUGGUUUAAGCAAAAAAAAAACGGAAAACAACAAAAUGCAUUUAAAAUUAUGCGACAAUUUGCGGCGGAUGUGAAAACGGUUGCGCUGACGGUCACCAAUGGGUAAAAGUUAAAAGUCAUUGUAUAACCAGCCGCCGCAAAUGUAGAAAAAUAUGAAACAUACAUACACAUAUACAACAACAAACACACAAGCGUGUUGAGCUUGCAUACCUAUGUGCGUGCGGUAAGUGCGACUGACACUACACAUGGUCAGCCAUCAUGUCGGUUAGUGAAAAAUAACAAAAGUAUAAAAAUAUUACGCAUAAAGUGCACGAGUGCGGUGAAAUAAUUUUUUUUUUUUCAAUCACUCAAAAGCAAAAAUACAUAGCUUGUGCAACAAAAUUUUACUUAACAGUAUUAAAUAAAAAAAUAAUAAAAUAAGAUAACUGUGUGCAAAAGAACACUCGCUUAACUGCUGUGGCCGUCGUUUGCAGCAGCUACUCUGCAAAUAUAUAUAUAUAUAUAAAUAAUAAAACAACGAAAACGGGGAGAUGAAAAGCGUCGAAAUCAGUCUUUAUUCGAGAGCAAUUUUUUUUCGCAAAACCAAUUAAUGCAGCGAUUGCGAACGCUCGACGCUGCAGCAACUAAAGCGAGAAUUCAAAGAAGUGAUGAAAACAAAUGCAAUUGCUGUAUAACUGUAAGUACGGAAGCGCAAGAGGAAAAGCCAAUAAAGCGCCAACGAUAUGCAAUAUCCACAACAACAACAACAGCAACAACAGCCAUCAGCGUUGCAGUGAAAAAGUAAUUAAAAACGAACUUUAACCCACAUAACUACAGCGUUGGUGUUUAUGCUGCAGCUGCGCCAACGCAAACGGACCGCCCACACAUACGACCCACAUAUACAUACAUAGGAACAUACAAGCGAACACAGGCGAAGAAGUGUUUGCUUAAAAGCGAAAUAAAUACAACUCAAAACCAAAAAAUAAAGAAACAAAAAAUAAAAAAAUAAAAACAAAAAAGUUUUAGCAAACUUUUGAAAAGCAUUGAGUUUGCUGAAAGCGCUAGAAACCAGCCGCUAGAGGACGGCUAACGUGCUUCGAAAGAGCCUAUAGUGUUUGAAGAAGUUGCUGCAGUAGUUUUCGGUGUGUCUGGGAGUGUAUAAGUGUGUGUAUGGAACUUGCAGCGUAUCGUUGUGUUUGUAGUAGUGUAGUAGAAGCAGCAGCAGUGAAGCGGCAUAAGCGAACACAAAAGCAACAAAAACAACAAGAACAACAGCGAAAACUGGUUUACUGUGCAGAGCAGCAGCAGCAGCAGCAACAACAACAGCAAGCAACGCUAACAAGAUGCAGAAGGAAAAUAAUACGUCAGCGGAAAAUUGCCAAUUUGUGGGGCCAUAUCGUCUGGAGAAGACGCUGGGCAAAGGACAGACGGGCUUGGUUAAGUUGGGCGUACACUGUGUGCUCGGUCGUAAGGUGGCCAUUAAAAUAAUCAAUCGCGAGAAGCUCAGCGAAUCGGUGUUAAUGAAGGUGGAACGAGAAAUUGCUAUUAUGAAAUUGAUUGAUCAUCCACAUGUCCUGGGAUUGAGCGAUGUUUAUGAGAACAAAAAAUAUUUAUAUCUAAUAUUAGAGCAUGUUUCUGGUGGUGAAUUGUUUGAUUACUUGGUGAAAAAGGGACGACUGACGCCGAAGGAAGCACGUAAAUUUUUCCGUCAAAUAAUAUCAGCGCUGGAUUUUUGUCAUUCACAUUCCAUAUGUCAUCGAGAUUUGAAACCCGAAAAUUUGCUGCUGGACGAAAAGAACAACAUCAAAAUUGCCGAUUUCGGUAUGGCUUCACUGCAACCGGCCGGUUCUAUGCUGGAAACCUCAUGUGGAUCGCCGCAUUAUGCAUGUCCCGAGGUCAUAAGGGGUGAAAAAUACGAUGGACGUAGAGCGGAUGUUUGGUCCUGCGGCGUUAUACUGUAUGCGCUAUUGGUGGGCGCAUUGCCCUUCGAUGACGAUAACCUACGCCAGCUGCUGGAGAAAGUGAAGCGUGGCGUGUUUCAUAUACCGCACUUUGUGCCGCCCGACUGUCAAAGUUUAUUGCGCGGCAUGAUUGAGGUGAAUCCGGAUCGACGACUGACGUUGUCGGAAAUAAAUCGCCAUCCAUGGGUCACGGCUGGCGGCAAAGGUGAAUUGGAAUUGGAACUGCCGAUGAUGGAGGUGGUGCAAACGCAUGUCAUACCGUCCGCCUCAGCGGUGGAUCCGGAUGUUUUAAAUGCGAUUUGCUCGCUGGGUUGCUUCAAGGAAAAGGAUAAACUCAUACAAGAGCUAUUGAGUUCGAAUCACAAUACAGAGAAGGUUAUAUAUUUUCUACUCUUGGAUCGCAAACGAAGGCGUCCUGCCUUGGAAGAUGAUGAUGAAAUCGCUCAAAAAUCACGUAGUGAAUUAGAUGCAGUGGAUCCGCCCAGAAAACGACUCGAUACCUGUCGUAUAAAUGGUACGAAUUCGCCCAGCUAUGGACAGAUAUCGGAAGGUUCACCACUAACGCCUAGACGGCAAGCUUUCAACUUCCGGUCCUACAGCAGUUCGCGUAAUCACCAGCGUCGCUCGCCCACUACGGUUUCCUCGGUGCGUUCCUCGUCAUAUCACAGUCCCACACGUUGCAAUUCACCUAUCAAUUCGGCGCAACAACAAGUGAAUGCCAUUUCACGUCCAUCCUCGCCAGCGGCCACAUCGGCCGGACACUCAUCCCGUCACUCUACCUAUUCGAGUGAAUGCCGCGAGCGUUCCGGUUCGGCACAACAUCAUCCGUCUGUAAGUCGUACGCCCUCACAUUCUUCGCAAAGCGGCGUGGAGGGUAUUAUUAGCGGUGGCAGUGGUGGUGAUAGAGGUGGCGGUGGUAGUGGCAGCAGUGUUGGUGGCAGUGAUAUUGUUGCUGUGCGUGAAGCACGUGAAGCGCGCGAACGUCGAGACUCACGCAGUGAACGCCAAGCGGCGCUGCAGGCGGGCUGUGGUGGUGUGCCCGGCAGUCCCGGUGGCGGUAGCAGUAGCUCAACAGUACAUCAUCGUGCCAACUCGGGACCCACUAUAGCGAUUAGCAUGUUCCACGAUCCGGAAGCGAAUAGCGUUAUGAAUCCUACAACAUCACCGCUAAUGAACAACAGUUCACCUGUGAUGCCCGGUUCACCAUGUAAUGCGCCCGGUGGUCAGCUGUGGAAGACGCGUCUUACAAAUAUUAAAAAUAGUUUUCUGGGUAGCCCACGCUUUCAUCGAAGAAAGCUACAAGUCUCCGCGGACGAGGUGCAUUUGACGCCCGAAUCAUCGCCCGAGUUGACAAAACGUUCGUGGUUUGGUAAUCUAAUAACGACAGAGAAGGACGAAACUUUUACGAUUUUGGUGAAAGGCAAGCCAAUAGCGACUGUGAAGGCACAUCUGAUACAUGCUUUUUUGUCGAUGGCAGAGCUUUCGCAUAGCGUAGUCUCACCCACAUCCUUCCGUGUAGAAUACAAACGCAAUGGCAAUGGACCAGUCAUGUUUCAGCGGCAUGUCAAGUUUCAGGUGGAUAUAAGCGCAAUUUGUAAACAAGGUGACAUCUCGGAUAUGCUGUUUGCACUGACAUUUACUUUGUUAUCAGGCAACAUACGCCGUUUCCGUCGCAUCUGUGAGCAUAUACAAUCACAAGUGUGCUCCAAACGUUUCCCCGGACCGAGUAGUCCACCCACAGUGGCUACCGUUACGCAAGCCGUUUCGGAGAGUUCGUCAUGUGGUUCGGUCUCAAGCGAACGUUUAUCCUAUAAACGACAACAGAUUGAAAAUGAAAUUGAAAAUGACUCAAUAUUUGUUUUCAAAUCGGGCAAUGGCCGUCGUGCAUCGACAACAAAUAAUAAUAAUGCACCGCCGGCGGAUAUUGUGCCCGCAAGUCCAAUAGCCGUGCGCUCAAAUUCCGAAACCGAGCAGCACGAACGCAAUCGUGAAUUGCAGAGUGAUCGUCAGGCGACAACAAUGUCAGGGAGUGCAAUAGCAUGAGAAUUAUUUCUCUGAUUUAGUUACAUUUUUAUAUAAAAGUAAUUUUUUUCCAAAACUAACCAAAAAAAAAAAACAAAAAACAGAAGAAGAAACAAGAAAAUACACAAAAAAUAUAUCGAACUACAGUCUUACAAUUACGAGUUAUACUUAACAAUAGUAACAUAUAGCAAAUUAUAAAAUUUAGUAAACAAUAAAUAAGGUUAAAAAUUGUGUAAGAAAUACUAAGAAUUUGCUAAGUAUCAAUUAAAUUUCUGUUGUAAAAAAGAAUGCUUGUAAUGAUAUUAUGUUGCUUGUAAACCAAUAACUACUGAGUUAUUAUGUGCUUUAAAGCUUUUGGAGCUUUCAUAAUUAUAUCUGUGCACAAUUACAUAAUUUAAAGCUUUCAUGGUUGCUUGUUUCAAAUCGAUGUGUUAUGAUGAGUUAUAAGACUUUAAAAAGCUUCAAAUGUUAUGACAAGCUUUCACAUACAAAAGCCCUUAAGUUAAUAACAAUGUUUUUUAGUUUUCUAAACCCUUCAUUGUUUUAAAUUAUGUACAGGAGAGUUUUAAGUAAAGUUGUUUGCUUAUUAAAAUAUUUUGAGAAAGCGCACAUUAAAUUUAAUAAAAUUAGAGUUCAGAGAUACUCUAAACUUAAUAUUUUCAAUAUUAACCACAGCAAAAAUUAUAAGAAGAACUAAACUUUUACUAGUAAAUAACUGUUAGUGCGUGGUAAGUGACAAUUAAUAUAAUUUAAACAGUUUCGGUUACUAACUAAACACCUUAAGUAAGGCAGUAGUAAAAAAGUGAGCUUUCAACAAAAGCUUUUUCAAAGCAUUACUUGUUGGUAAGAGAAAAGCAGUUAAUUUGAACAACAGAAUAUAAAGAAAAGCACAGUAAAACAAAAAAAGCUUUCACCAACAGCUUAUUUAAAGCUUUAGUUGAAUUUAAGUAAUUCGAAAAAGUUGGAAAAACAGAAGCUCUUUCACAUUUUAAGCUUUUUAAAGUUAUACUCUAAACCAAAUUAGUAACAAAAAUUUAAAAAUUUUAGGUAAUUCGAAAAAAGUGGAUAAAGAAGAGCUCUAUAAUAAAAAAGAUAUAUUUUCACCAAAAGCUUAUUUUAAGCUUUAUUACGAUUCAAGCAGUAAAAUUUUUUAAAAAUUUCUGGUCAUCCGAAAAAAGGGAAUACACAAAAGCUUCUUUGUCUUUCAAGCUUCUCAAAGCUUUACUCAAAAACAAUACUUCCAUUAAGUUAGUAUGCUUUUAUUUAUCGUUUUCUUCACACUGAACGUUACACAAACAAACAUUGUUGCCGCCGAGCCGAAAAUUUUUACUAUGUCGUAUUUGAAGAGAACUCAAAGCAAAUUGCGUAAGAAAAUCAUUAACUGUUGUAAAAUUUGUAGCUUAAAAUGCAAUAAGAAAAAGGUAAAUCCAACAUAAAUAAGAAACUAACAAAAGCGUUAAAAGAAUUGCAAAGAAAAAUUGAUAUUUUGUAGAAGUUAUUUGAAGCAGGAAACUUGAUUGAAGCCUAGAAAUAGUUCAAGCAAACACACUUCAAAGUAGUUACACACACAAACGAAAGUAGGUACUUAUAUACAGCUACACAUAGUCUUAAGAGAAAAAUUGAGAUGAAAAUAAAUUAAGUAAAACCAAAACCAAAUGCAUAGUUAUUCAAAAUAAACGAAGGCAGGUCAAUAAAAAAAUAACAAAAAUAUUUUUGAUGACAGCAUACGUAAGCAAGUGAAGCUUUAUUAGACAAAAGCACAGAACUACUUGUAUUACUUUGAAAUAAGCACUUACUCUACAAACAGUUAAUUUUUCAUUUGCGUACUUGUGAUAAUUUUUGUAUACGAAUUUCGCAUGGAAAAUAUUUUCAAAAGGUUUUACAUUCCGAAAGUAUAUAGAAAUAUUUCAAAAGCUCUGCAGAGCUUUAUUGCCAAAACAAUUUUGGAUAGUUCAAAUAUUUUCAUUCCGAGCUUUCCGUAUGGACUUGUGCAACAAAAAAACUGUAUUGUAUGUAUAUUUUUACGACAAACUGUUGUAUGUAAAAUGAUUAGCUUUUUACAAAAUAAAUUUAAAGACCACCUAAGCAUGUAUGUAUUUGUAAAUUGUACUAUAAAUAAUAACAAAAUAAACAUAUAAAUUGUAUGGCAACUUUUUUUUGUUUAAGAAAUAGUUUUCGAAAUUCGUACAUAUUGUAGAUUGUGUAAUUAAAGAGCGCAUAAUUGAGCUGAGUUUUCAAUAAAAUUAGUCUAGUGAAUAUAAAUUUCGUUUUAUUUUAAUUAUUUCAUUUAAAAUAAAUAUGUAUAAAUAUUUCUAUGAAAUUUCUAAUGUCUCUAGAGAAGCUCUUAUUUCAUAUUUAAAUUUGCUUUACACAAUUUGGACAAACUAUCUUUCAACUAAAUAUGUAUUUUUAGAGAAGCCUGUGUUAAAUGGACCAUUCCAUUAAAAACAGAAAUUUGGACAAACAUUUUCGAAUAGCAAUUUUAUUGUCAAAACUAGUUCCCUACUAUAAGAAAGACUACUACCAGAAGAUCUAUUAUCAAAUAUUCUAAAGGGGACAGGACAGGACAAUUUAUUAGUACGAAAGUUUUCUUCAUCCCUUUCUUAGAGUGCUAGACUAUACUCAACCUCUAGAAAAUGAACUCAUAAUAACCUGUAACUUUUUUAAUGAAAUCCUCGUACAUCAUAUAUUUCUUCACGUAUUUUAGACUCCAAUUUUUGCUUAAGUUAUUAAACGACAAAUCGGCAUUCGGUCUGCGAACAUACUUAUUAGCUUUUUUAUUUUGAAUCGCAAAAACAGCGAUUACGGGAGGUAAAAAUAUAGUUUUUGAAUAUGUUUUAGAUAUUUUAUUAGUAAAUAAAAAAACUGUAGUCUUUUUCUCACAUUACUUCUAGCACCUUUAGUGAAUAAAAAUGAGAUCAGUAUUAAUUACGAAAUGAAAUCAACUAGCUUUGUAUUGGCGGGAUUUUCGGGUCGGUUAUUAAGUCUACCAAAAUGAAAGCCUUAUUUGCUAAUUUAUAGUUUAAACUUUCAUCAUAAAAAUAUCCUUUGUAUAUUUUCAAUUAUUUAUAUAAUGAGAGCUUUCUAUCAAUUUUAAUAUUUGUGAAUGUUUUAACCUGUGAACUCAGCGCUGCUAAACUGAAACCCCCCAAUUAUCAAAAAAAUACAAAAAAACCGUCCAAAUGCAUAAGAAAAAACAAUAAUGGAUUGACAUAAUUAUCUAUUGCGAAAAAGCAUUUCAGUUGCCGAGAAGGUAUAAAUAUUUUUUGUAGACUGCAAUACUUACGAAUUUCCGCUUGCAAUUAAGAAUGGAAAACAGAAAAAUAAAACGAAAUAUGUAUAAACAGUAGAGGCGAGGGCAAAGCAAAAGUAAAAUCUUAUAAACAGACCACAUAAAGUAUGCAUAGAAACAGCAAAAAAAUUAGAAAGUAGUUAAAACACAUAAAAUAAAAUUAGAAAACACGCCAUCAAAAGCGAAUAUGGAUUGCAAUGCCGAAGUGUAAGGCGCAAGCCAAAAUUCUUUGCGGCCGAGUGUCAGCGUAGCGAUAAUCCGCUUGCGAAAAUUAUGAAAUUUAAUAUAAACAAUCAUAAGUAAUAACUAUAAAUAAAAUAUUUCAAUUGCAAAAAUGAGAAAUUAAGAUAAAUUGCCAAUAUUGAAAUAAAAAAAAAUACAUAAUAAUGAAAAUAUUAUGUAAAUACUAUUGGGUGAGCGAUCAUUGCAAAACAUAUGAAGUUAAUGUGCGCAAAUGAUAAUAAAUAAUGCAGCAAAAACUAAGCAGUGUCCAUAAUAGUAUUGUAAUAACUUUCAAAUAAUUGCACAAGAUAGUAAAGUGUUUACAAAAACGUUCAAGCGAUGAUUCCUUUUUUUAUUUUUAAACCAAAAACAUUUUCGACUUUAUGCUGUUUUUAAUUCUAUUUAUCUUCCAAUAAUAUGGCAAUGAUUUUUCAAUUGCGACACAGAUCUAUAAAAUAUACAUAUAUUUUAACAGCUCAAUCUAUCAUACAUACUUUUUAACACUUUUUGAAUAUUUGAAAGCAUUUUUAAAGUUUUCAUAUUUUCUUUCGGCUGUUCGUCUCUUUCUAAUAUUCUUAAUUUUGAAAAAAAAAAAUCUUGAAAAUAUUUAGCAAUGUAAUGUAGUUGCAAAAACGUUUGCGUAUGCAAUUGUCGCAAAAUAAUAUUGCAGUUGUGCAAAAAUUUUUGACGAAAUUUCUUCCUUGUAGUAGCUGACUGUGGUAACUCGAGAACCCCUCGAUGGACUUGUAUCAAAUUUAAGCACAGUAUUCGAUAUUUUAUGUUUAUUGAUUAUAUGAAAGUACGGAACCUUUCUUCUUAAUUUGCAGCCUACAAAAUAUUUUUUUAUUUAACUGUACUAAAACUAUAACGCAGUUGUGCAAAAGCUUUUGACGAAACUUCCAAUUUGGAGAAGUUGACUAUGGUAACUCGAGAAGCCCCUCAAAUUUAAGCAUAUUAUUCAAUAAAAUACUGUUAUUGAUUAAAUGGUAGUUCGGAAUUUUUGUCCAAAAUUAAAAAAUUAAAUGUACAUUAACGGUUUCGAAACGAUUGUGUAUGCAAAUGUAGUAAAAUUACAAUAUAGUUGCGCAAAAUUUUUUGCUAAAAUCGCUUCUAUGGAGUAGCCGACUAUGGUAACUUGAGACCCUCUCGUAGGAAUUUUAUGAAAUUUUGGCUAUUUAUUCGAUACAUUCUGGUUACUGAUUAAACGAAAGUUGAUCACGUUUGUUCGAAAUUUGAGCUUGUCUAUAUUAUAAAUAAACCUAUUUUUUGUGUUUCGAAACUUCUCAACUUUAUAAAGCACACUUUUGUUACUACCAAAAACUUUUUUAUAUUUAUAUUUAUGUUUAUAUUUAUAUUUCCGCAACGAUAAGCUAAAAGUGCAACUACAUUAAACUCACCCAGCGAUCAGAGCGUUACAAACAUACAAAUAAUAAACAUAAUGCAUAGUCGAGUCUAAGAACGAAUGUCACAAAACAGCUCACAUAUUUACUUGCAUCAAAUGCUACAUAAUUAAGCAAUAAAUAUUUAAUUCGCAUUAAACAAACCGUUCAUGCUCAUACAUAAAUGCAGUAAGUGUUCAUAUACAUACAUACAAAAAAUGUAAUACAUGUAAAAAAGGUAUUUGCAUAUACUCAUAUAUACAUACAUAAAAGCAAACAGUUUUGCAUGACAUUAAACUAAUUGUAUAAAUUUUUUAUUUACAUUACAUAUACAAUGUCAUGUCAUAUACUCAUUCAUACACACAAACGAAACAUUGUAAAAGGCAUGUACAUACAUACUAAAUACAUAUACCAGUAUUUGUCCAUUAAGUAUUUACAACACUAACAUAAAUAGUAGGAGAUCUGAGAGUAAAUUUGUAUUGUAUAUGAAAGCGUAAAAUUUGUUGUAAAAGUUUUGUAAUGUAAAAACAUACAAAAAAAGGAAUAAAAAUUAAAAAAAAAAUUCAGCUAAACUGUACAGUAUUAACGCUUAAGCAUAGUUUAAUUCAUUUAACAUACAAAUACAUAGAUACUAUUACUAGAAAUAUUUAUUACUAAUUAUUGAAAAAAAAUUGCAAAAUUUGAUAUAUAUUCUUGGUACGCAAAUUUGGCACUUUAUUUUGGUAUACGUGUAAUUUUGUAAACGACUAUACAUAACCACAUAUUUGCAUACAAACAUACAAAAUAAAAUUCAAAUUUAAUUGUAUUAUAUAAUAUGAACAAAAAAUAUAUAUACCUUGUGAAUUCAAAAAACAAAAUUAUAUUUCUAACGUCUCUACUAAUAUUUGGUUAUUGCGAAAAUUGCCACCAAAUUGUUGUAUUAAAGCUACAAAUUUCCACUAACUCUCUCUCACCGCAUUCUAAACGCUACCCAAAAAAAAGACCACAUCUUAUGCUUUAUACCAAAAAUUAAACAUUAAACAAUAAAAAAAUCAUCUAAAGAAUAUUUACUUAUAUAUGAAAUAUACAUACAUAAUAUAUAGCAAACCAAUCGUACAACUAAUAAAAAUUGUAAUACAUAAAAGAUAUAUAUUUAAUUAUACACAUACAAGCAUAACCAUAUACAUAAAUGCAUUCAUACAUAUACAAACGCGAAUCAUGCAUACAAUUAAAAAACAAAAUAUAAUAAUAAUUAUUAAAACAAAUAAUGAAAUAUCAGCAUUGCCAUUUAUUCAUUAUCAUCAUCAUCUACGCUAAUGUCAUUGUCAUUGUCAAUCAUUAUACACAAUCAUUAUUAUCAGCAUAAUCAAGCAUUGCAUUGUUAUAGCUUAUCCGAAACCUUUAGUCUAAACUCAUAUAAUUAUUAUUAUUAUAUAUAUAUAUAUACACACAUUUAUAUGUAUAUAUAGCUAUUUAUAAAUUGAAAUUGUACUAAUUGUUAUCGUUUGCUAGUCUACAGAGAAUUUAUAAAAUAAUUGAAACGCUUUGCUUUGGUGCGGUGAGGUUCGUGGCUUGAAAGCGUGCGAUAUUAGCAGAAACCAAAAAGUUAUAGGCAGCUCGGAGGGUAUAAGCAGAACAGAAUGAACUGAAAAACUUUGAAAUAUUUAAGUCUGAAAUAAAAUUAGAUCUUCAAGCCUACGGCAUAUUUCGGUACUUCCCACUUUGCGCAAGAAAUACUUCAGAUUCUUACAGUGUAAUAAUAAAUCUCAGUUUGAUAUAUGCUGGUAUAGAUCUGCUAUUCAAAAUUUUGUGCACAUUAUAGGGAUAUAAGAGUUUUUUUGACAUUGUCAGUAAAUGAGCGAUUAAUGGAUAAAUACUUGCUACUCUUCAAUAGUAAACUAAGUAAAAUUUGGUAUAUAAAUAAUUUAUACGGCCAAUAAACUUGCAAGAUUGCUCGUUUUCACACCGUUGUGAGCAUAAAAUGGGUGCCCUCUCUCUUAAUCUAAUCAGCUUUGCAGUUUCCAGCAAUUCCGCUGUGACUAGACACCCAGAAGAGUUUGAUAAUAAAGUAGUUUGAUGCUACUGAUAGUAAGGACAUGUACUUUUUAACUAACAUAGUUGUGAACGCAUAGUGAGCGAGCUCAAAGCUAUUUUUGCCGCUCUGCUGACCGAGUGAAUGUUCACUGCUCAGUAAGAGACUGCACUUCGGAACAAUACAUCUACUGCUACCUAAAUAUGACAGACACCUCAACUUGAAAAAUGCUAGAUUAAUCCGGUAGCGUAAAACCUACUUUAGAGAAAGAUCUACUUAAAAAAAACUCUCCCUCCAACCUUCCUUCUACGUUUCGACUCACACGUGAAAAAGCUCAAUGCUACUUUUCUCCAGCGGCUUCAGCCCAUACAUAUUCUUCGUUUAUAUGUGAGCAGAGGAAAAGCUAUUAGCAAUAAACUCUGCGACACACCGAUCUAAGUUGUCAAGAGAUGCAAUUCUUCGUAGGCCAACAUAAAUCAGUCCAGUUCAAAAAUACAUUUGAAGAAUUACCUAUAUAUAAGCACUUCGAACAAACCUUAACUUUACCAAUUAACAUUUUUUCAUAUACAUAUUUGUGUAGAAAAUUCGGUGAUUGAUAAAUUAAGUGCUGUCUGAAACGUAUGUAAAACAAUUUUAGCUCUUUGCUGAAUUAAGCCAUACUUUUUAAGGGACUCACCCACUAAAUAAAUAUUUUUUUGCAUUAUAUAUAGUUUACGACUUUGAUUUUACUAUGUAGGUAUCUUAAAAAUACAAAAAAAAAAAACUUUUUAUA